GUAUAAAGCCGGGCUAUUACGGCUGGAGCAAAUGUGCGUCAAGAGUUUUCCAGCGGGACGACAUCAAGAUGUCUGUUAAAGAAUUAGAAAAAAAGAAGACGCUAGACUUGCGGAAGAAGCACAUUGGGCCAUCCUGUAAGAUUUUCUUCAGCCAUGACCCUAUCAAGAUUGUGCAAGCCAAAGGCCAGUACAUGUAUGAUGAAGAAGGACAUCAUUACUUGGAUUGCAUCAACAAUGUGGCUCAUGUGGGCCACUGUCACCCAGAUGUGGUGAAGGCAGGAGCUCAGCAGAUGGAACUACUCAACACCAACACACGUUUCUUGCAUGACAACCUUGUACUGUAUGCUCAGAAGCUGCAGGCAACACUUCCAGACAAACUGUCUGUGUGCUACUUCGUCAACUCUGGCUCUGAAGCCAACGACCUGGCUCUUCGAUUAGCAUGGCAUUACUCAGGCCACAAAGAUAUCAUCACACUGGAAAAUGCGUACCAUGGCCACGUCUCAUCGCUAAUCGACAUCAGUCCGUAUAAGUUCCACCAGCUGUCAGAUGCUGAGCAGAAGCAAUUUGUCCAUGUGGCUCCCAGCCCAGAUGUGUACAGAGGGAAGUACCGAGCGGACCACCCUGAUCCAGCCACAGCAUAUGCAGACGCAGUCAAAGAAAUAAUAGACAAAGUCCACAAGAAAGGAGGAAAGAUUGCUGCUUUUAUUGCUGAGUCCUUGCAGAGCUGCGGUGGACAGGUCAUCCCCCCUGUGGGUUACUUCCAGCAAGUGGCCAGGCAUGUCCGUAAGGCAGGAGGCCUUUUCAUUGCCGAUGAAGUCCAGGUGGGCUUUGGGCGUGUCGGCUCGAACUUCUGGGCCUUUCAGCUUCAGGGAGAGGACUUUGUGCCUGACAUCGUUACAAUGGGAAAACCAAUUGGCAACGGCCACCCCAUGUCAUGUGUGGUCACAACCAGAGAAGUGGCAGAGGCCUUCAUGUCUACAGGAAUGGAGUACUUCAAUACAUUUGGAGGUAACCCAGUGUCAUGUGCCAUUGGUCUGGCUGUCCUAGAUGUGAUUGCGAAAGAGGAUCUUCAGGGUAACGCACUGCGUGUGGGCCGAUAUCUCACCAGUCAGCUGGAGAAGCAGAAAGAGAAGCACCUGCUUGUUGGAGACAUCAGGGGUUGCGGUCUCUUUGUUGGGGUGGAGCUUGUGCGAGACAGGGUGAAACUCACUCCGGCUACAGCAGAGGCUCAAGAAGUCAUUUAUAAGCUAAAGGAGCAACACAUCCUUCUUAGUGCUGACGGCCCUCAUCGUAAUGUAUUGAAAUUUAAGCCUCCACUGUGCUUCACUAUGGAGGACGCUGACCUGGUGGUGGAGAAAAUCGACCUCAUCCUUACAGAGCUGGAGGAAGCUUUGGGUUUGAACAUGCAUGAUGCACUAAAUGUAGAAGAUCAAGGCAAAAAAAGAAAGCUGUCGACUGAUGAAAAUGGACACCAGUAUCACAGUAGUUCAGUACACAGCAAAGGACGCAGUCAAGGAGUUCCUCAACAAACCAAAUGCCUCAAGACAUAAAGCUGCCUUUGAACAAAUCUGACACUAAACUUAAUCUUUAACAGAAAAUAUGGCUGAUUUGUGAAAUCAAAUACUUUAUCUGUGUCAAAAUUGGUGGAUGCUUUGGUGUAUUUUUAAAUGUUUUUACACUAUUACUAAUGCAUUACCAAUACAAUUAGUAUUCAGUGUAUUCUCAGGUGUUAUGUUCUUUAAAUUACAAUGAAGUCUCUUUUGGAGUAGAAUAACAUUAAUGUUAAUGUCACUGUAAUUUUUUUAUUUUAGACUUUAUUUAGCAAGUUACUGUGUUGCAUUAAUUUAACUUUUGUUUUAUCAGCAUUCACUUGUUUUUCAUUGAAUUCCUCUUUAAUAAACCCAAUCCUGCCUGAAGAUAAA